AUGCCGGAUAUGAAAUACAUUUUAGUUACUGGCGGUGUUAUUAGUGGCGUUGGAAAAGGUGUCAUUGCAAGUUCUUUUGGCACGAUUCUCAAAAGCUGCGGAAUUGAUGUUACUUCAAUUAAAAUCGAUCCUUAUAUUAAUAUAGACGCUGGCACGUUUUCACCAUAUGAACAUGGUGAAGUUUAUGUACUUGAUGACGGCGGAGAAGUAGACCUUGAUCUUGGCAACUAUGAACGCUUUUUAGAUAUAACUCUCCAUAGGGAUAAUAAUAUUACAACAGGCAAAAUAUAUCAACAAGUCAUUGAACGAGAGCGACGAGGGGACUACCUGGGUAAGACAGUACAAGUGAUCCCACAUAUUACUGAUGCUAUUCAAGAAUGGGUACAGAGAGUUGCACAUAUACCAGUAACUCCAGAUAAUUCUCCACCAAGAGUUUGUAUAGUAGAGUUGGGUGGUACCAUUGGUGAUAUAGAAGGAAUGUCAUUUGUUGAAGCAUUUAGACAAUUUCAAUUUAGGGUUAAAAGAGAGAACUUUUGCUGUGCUCAUGUAUCUUUGAUACCAAUGCCUAAAUCUACUGGUGAACCAAAAACUAAGCCAACACAAUCGUCUGUACGUGAAUUACGAGGAUUAGGCUUAUCACCUGACUUGAUAAUAUGUCGUUCCGAGAAACCUAUUAACCACAAUGUUAAGGAGAAAAUUUCAAAUUUCUGUCAUGUUGCACCAGAACAGGUAAUAUGCAUCCAUGAUCUGACUUCUUUGUACCACGUGCCCCUGCUGAUGGAGGCCGAGGGUGUGGUGCAGUACUUAAAUGACAGGCUCCAGCUAAACAUUGCUAUGCCACGCCCAUCUAGGUUUAUGCAAAAAUGGCGUAAUUUGGCCAAACGAGUUGAUAAUUUACGAAAAGAAGUGAAUAUAGCCCUUGUUGGUAAGUAUACCAAAUUAGAAGACAGUUAUGCAAGUGUCACGAAGGCGCUACAACACGCAUGCAUAGCGGCCGGUUGUAAAUUAAAUUUGACUUACAUUGAAGCAGUUAAUUUAGAGAAACAAACGAAAAUUGACGAUCCGGUGGGAUAUCACAAAGCGUGGCAGGACCUUUGUAAAAGCGACGGUGUUAUAGUGCCUGGUGGGUUUGGUCAGCGUGGCAUAGAAGGCAAGAUACAAGCGUGCCAGUGGUGUAGAGAGAAACAAAAACCUAUGCUAGGUAUAUGUCUUGGUCUUCAAGCAGCUGUUAUAGAGUUUGCUAGAAAUGUGCUAGGCCUAAAAGGAGCUAAUUCUACAGAAGUUAAUCCAGAUUGUGAUGAUAAAUUGGUGAUUGAUAUGCCAGAACACCAUCCUGGUAAUCUCGGGGGCACUAUGCGAUUGGGCAAAAGGAAGACUUAUUUGGAACCCAGUAUUGUAUCCAAGCUAUACAAGAAGGAGUUGAUAGAAGAGCGGCACAGACACAGGUACGAGGUGAACCCGGAGUACAUAGAGCGGCUGGAAGCGGGCGGCCUGCGCUUCGUGGGGCGCGACUCCUCGCGCACGCGCAUGGAGGUGGCGCUGGUGGACGCGCACCCCUACUACGUGUGCGUGCAGUUCCACCCCGAGUACCUGUCGCGCCCGCUCUCGCCCAGCCCGCCCUUCCUGGGACUCAUAUUAGCUUCUCUUGGAAAAUUGAAGAGUUACAUGUCUAAAGGGUGUCGGUUGAGCCCCAGGUCUCAGUCGGAUGUGAGCUCAGAUGAAGAGGAUGCAUCUGAAGAGAUCUCUCAUCUCACCUUAAUUGAUGAAACAUGCGUAUCCAAAAAUGGAAAAGGAAUAAAUGGAGUACAU